AUGGUAUUUUUGUUCAUUAACCUGAAANCGUAUGACGAAACGCUUAACGCUGCUACAUUCAUUUUUGUGAACAACUUUGCUUUUGGCCCGGAAGUGGACCACAGGCUGAAGAAGAAGUUUGAAUAUCUCAAAGAUGGAGCCCGAAUUCUGUCGUCAAAGGCAUUUUGCUCUUCAAAUGUCAGGAUUACUGAGCGAAAUCUGAAUGAUAUUGGAAUCAUUAUGAAGUUAAAAGAAAUCGAUCCAAACAAAACCGUUCGUCAAUCUGUGUCGUGGACGGGAAAACCAGUUUCCUACUUCCUCCACACAAUUGAUCGUACCGAGUACGCCAAGUACGUUGAGCGUCAAGCCAUGAAGAAUGACCGGGUUAAAAAAUCUCGCACAAAUAGGACCGAUCGAAGCACAAAGAGCAGCAGCAGAAAAGACACUGUCGAGUCUUCGUCGUCGACCAACACAUCUGACGGCAGUCCAGUUGAGAGUAAGGACGAGAAUCUUCCGCCAAAGUGGACUCGAAACAAGUGGAACGAGUUUGUCAAAGUUCAAAGUACAUCUAAUGACACUACUGCCGCCGCCGCCGCCACGUCGAAUCACACCUCACCAGAAAAGUGUCAAAGUAGCACCAGCAGCAGUAGCAUGUGUAAAGUGGAUGCCGAGUCGGCCGCCAAGUCAUCUCGCGGCAGGCCACGAAAGCCCACAGUUACAGCAGAGAAGAUGGCUCCCGCCUCUGUGAGCAGCAGCAGCGUGAGAACGGAAGACGAAAACUCGAUGACUUCUCUCUGCGAGUCCACAUCAAGCAAGGUGAUGGAGAGCAAGGGCGAACAACAACAACAGGAGGAGGGAGAAGGACUGACUUCCUCUCUUCGCCGACGCGGCCGACCGCCAAAGACGCAAAAGGCGCCAACACAGAAGCGGGCAAGGGAUCCACUGCGCGGAGUGAGCAUGAGCAGUCUGGAGCUGCUCCACCAGAAGACACUGGAGAGCAUUGGCGACUCUGAUGUAGACCCGCGCAAUGCGCCACGGGGAUGCGUCGCCCAGAAGAUCUGCAUCUACGAGGACACCGUUCCCAUUCCGGCCAUUCAGGUGACCAAUGAGGAGCUGAUUGCCACUGACAAUGAGAACGUGCCGCUCAUAUCGCCCAGCGGUUCAGAGAGUUCAGCGCCACUGGUGGAGAACCCCAAAGGCUACCAACUGGUCGACUGCGCUACCAUGGACGAGUUUUUGAGUGUAAUCAAGUACAGCCUGCAGAACAUGCUGGACACCUUCAAGUGUCCGCAGUACGGCGAGAACCUCAAGAAGAGGAUCUCCAAUGAAGAGAAACGACGAAACGAGUUACGCGUCCAGGAGAACUACCUCAAAGUGCGCAUCUUUGAGCAGAAGCAGCAGGCAGUGAACCAGACGAAACUGAAGAUGGCCCAGCUUGGCGUCGAUCCCCUCUCAAUUCAGGAGCUCUAUAAUCGACUGGCCUAUGAGGAGGAUCGGAAGCUGAAGCAGAAUUCAAUUGUUGAGGAGAUGAAAGCAAAAGUGGAGAAGUUGUCGGCUGAAAAUGCAAAACUGCAAGCGGAAAAGGAAAAGGCUGCCGAUGAUAUGCGAAAGGUGGAGGAGGCCAUGGCUGUUGCGCAGGCUACUGCGGCUCUUCGCUAUGCGGAGGAGAAGAAGGCCGCUGAGGAAAAGCGAGCUGCCGAGGAGAAGCGGAUCGCCGAUGAGAAGAAGGCCGCCGACAUUGCUGCCGCCGCGGCUGCAGCUGCAGCUUCGGCCACAGCCGUUGCUGCCGCCUUGCUUCAAAAUGGUCACAGCAAUCACGCCGCCUCAGCAGCACCUAAGCGAAGCAGCACCUACAAGGAGCUGAAGUACAAGACCAAUCGAAUGAAUUUGGACCUGUCUAACCCAGUGUCCAACGAUUCGUCGGAGAACUCUCUGCCUGCAAUGAGCACCAGCAGCAGCAAUAGCAACAGCAGUGGCAAACACAAUGAUUACCACCCGGUGAAGCCAACGGCGACCAUGAACAGCUUGCCCAACGGCGCUGCAGCAGAGCGAAUGCCCGUCAACAGUCCCCAUCGAAUGGAAGGACUGUUCUACAAGGCCUUUGAAAAUCCGGAGAAGGUGGAGCAGCUGCACAGCAGCAGUAGCAAGUUGGCGACCCAGCCGCCAGCGUCGACACCAGCUCCAUCAACCCCUGCGGCCGCCGCCGUUUCUCUGCUCACAAAUGGUCAUCACAGUAACAACCCUUCAACAAACAUUCCCAGCAGCAAGUCUUCUGCUACUACUGCUACGGCUGCUGCUGCCCCUGCUCAGCCACCAAAGCCGACGGCGCAGACAGGCAGACGAAAGCUUUCUCGAAAGCCCCGAGUGGAGACGCUGGUCACGAAGAAGGACCACCAAGUGCUGUUCAAAAACUCGGGCGGUUGUCCGACGUUGCAGAUUGUCCGCAAUCCACAGCCGGCGACCGUCAGCCGAGAGAACAGCCUUGAGUUGAUUAUCAACUCAGUGGUCGCCAACAGCUACGCCAAGGCGCCGGAGCCACCAGCAGCAUCUUUAACAUCCUCGUCGACGGACAAGCCGUCGAUAAAGAUGAAGAUCAACACCAAGGCCAACACCACCUCUCUCCUGCUGGACUCGGUUCCUGCUGAUCCAGUUACGUUCAGCAGUAGCAACACCAACAACAACAGCAGUUCAAGCGGCACUAGCAGUAAACGCAAGUCCAGCACUGAGGAGUCCUCGUCGUCCAAACGAGCCAGCACUCGCAGUCAGAAGAAGAAGAAUGAGGCGGCUAAGGCUGCUGCCGCUGUCGCCCCCGCUCCCGCUNCGUUCAGCAGUAGCAACACCAACAACAACAGCAGUUCAAGCGGCACUAGCAGUAAACGCAAGUCUAGCACUGAGGAGUCCUCGUCGUCCAAACGAGCCAGCACUCGCAGUCAGAAGAAGAAGAAUGAGGCGGCCAAGGCUGCUGCCGUUGUCGCCCCCGCUCCCGCUCCUACCGCUUCCAAUAGCACCUCCACUAGCAGCAACACUGUAGAGAAUGGAAGCAACAACAACAACCCUGCUGAACCGAAACUGCCGCCUGUCAAGCUGAAGCUAACGGGCAACAACGGAACAAACUACCAGCUGAUGAAGAGCACUGAUGUGGUGGUCGACAACAGCGGCAGCAGCUCUUCUACUACUACCCCCUCCAGUGGUGGUGGUGGUAGCAGUGUACCUCCUCCACCGCUGGACACCAUCAACUGGACUUCAUCAGACGGAACCUACAACAACGCCAACAGCAGCACUGCCUCCCCUGUGUCGUCUAGCAGCAACAGUAAAAAGACGCCAAAGACACGCUCCUCUUCGUCGAAGAAAGGCAGCACCGACAGUGCUCCCAUUGCUGCUCCCCCAUCAUCGCAAAGCAGCGAACCACAGCACUACCCUUCGUCCCAAAGUAGUACUCCGCCUGAGGGCCUCCUCCUGUACCAGUCGCAGCAACAGCAGCAGAAUGGAG